AUCGAGGCUCCACUUGGUGAACGACAGCCACGCAAGAUCUCUAAGACUACCAAGAAGGUGACUAAGCCUUCUGGAGAGUCUGUACAGGCCGUCGAAGAAGUGACUGACUUGCAACCAAAGCCUGAAGAAAAGGACCUCGUUGCAGUCAGCGAAACACUCCUGGAAGUUGUGGAAGAGAAACCAGACGAGGCCCCUCAAAGACGGGUCAAGAAAGUGAGACGUUCUCGAAAGAAGUCUGGACAAGAGGUAGUGGAAGAAGUCACGGAGAAGGAGGAAGAGCUGAAGCCUCGUCUUCCCCAAAAGCCGGAAGAGGAGGAAAAGAAACCGUUCCCCACGGUCCCGGAGGCUGAGCCCCUUCCAGAAAAGCCACUGGCCUUUGUCCUCGGCGAGAAACCCAAAGUGACAGAAGGCGAAGUGCGCCACCAGAGAACGGUCACAAAAUCGAGAAAGCCCACUGGAGACGUUGUAGAGGUCACUUUGGACACUGUGGAACGAAAACCCACACCAGAGGAGCAAACGGAGGGCGUUGUCGAAGUCACCGAGGUCACGGAGGAGACGGUCGAACAUGCGCCGCGCAAAAAAGGCGUCUUGGACAGGCCAAAGAAGACCAUCAAGAAGACCAAGAAGACCCGCUCGGAGACGGGAGAAAUUGUCGAGGACGUUAGCGAGAAAGUCCUUCACCUGAAACCGAGAAAAGAUAGGCGCGAAAGCGUUGAGGUCAAUGUUGAUGUAGAGUUCCUUGAUAUAACUGACCGCGAGAUCACUGUAAAGUCGUUGGAAAGGCAGAUAGCUGAACUUGACAUGGCACCACGCGACACUAUUGAAGUCAUAGUUAAGCCCAGUGACCGCGAUUCCGUUGAGGUAACUGAAGAAAUUGUUCAAUUGACGCCGCACGACAUAAAGACCAAGAAGGUCAAAAAAGCUAAAAAGGAGAAAAAGCCGGACGGCGAAACCGUGCUCCAGAUUACAGAAGAGGUUGAAGAACUGAAGCCGGAGGAUCUGCACGAAAUCGAGGCUCCACUUGGUGAACGACAGCCACGCAAAGUCUCCAAGACUACCAAGAAGGUGACUAAGCCUUCUGGAGAGUCUGUACAGGCCGUCGAAGAAGUGACUGACUUGCAACCAAAGCCUGAAGAAAAGGACCUCGUUGCAGUCAGCGAAACACUCCUGGAAGUUGUGGAAGAGAAACCAGACGAGGCCCCUCAAAGACGGGUCAAGAAAGUGAGGCGUUCUCGAAAGAAGUCUGGACAAGAGGUAGUGGAAGAAGUCACGGACAAGGAGGAAGAGCUGAAGCCUCGUCUUCCCCAAAAGCCGGAAGAGGAGGAAAAGAAACCGUUCCCCACGGUCCCGGAGGCUGAGCCCCUUCCAGAAAAGCCACUGGCCUUUGUCCUCGGCGAGAAACCCAAAGUGACAGAAGGCGAAGUGCGCCACCAGAGAACGGUCACAAAAUCGAGAAAGCCCACUGGAGACGUUGUAGAGGUCACUUUGGACACUGUGGAACGAAAACCCACACCUCAGGAGCAAACGGAGGGCGUUGUCGAAGUCACCGAGGUCACGGAGGAGACGGUCGAACAUGCGCCGCGCAAAAAAGGCGUCUUGGACAGGCCAAAGAAGACCAUCAAGAAGACCAAGAAGACCCGCUCGGAGACGGGAGAAAUUGUCGAGGAAGUUAGCGAGAAAGUCCUUCACCUGAAACCGAGAAAAGAUAGGCGCGAAAGCGUUGAGGUCAAUGUUGAUGUAGAGUUCCUUGACAUAACUGACCGCGAGAUCACUGUAAAGUCGUUGGAAAGGCAGAUAGCUGAACUUGACAUGGCACCACGCGACACUAUUGAAGUCAUAGUUGAGCCCAGUGACCGCGAUUCCGUUGAGGUAACUGAAGAAAUCGUUCAAUUGACGCCGCACGACACAAACACCAAGAAGGUCAAAAAAGUUAGAAAGGAGAAAAAGCCGGACGGCGAAACCGUGCUCCAGAUUACAGAAGAGGUGGAAGAACUGAAGCCGGAGGAUCUCGACGAAAUCGAGGCUCCACUUGGUGAACGACAGCCACGCAAGAUCUCUAAGACUACCAAGAAGGUGACUAAGCCUUCUGGAGAGUCUGUACAGGCCGUCGAAGAAGUGACUGACUUGCAACCAAAGCCUGAAGAAAAGGACCUCGUUGCAGUCAGCGAAACACUCCUGGAAGUUGUGGAAGAGAAACCAGACGAGGCCCCUCAAAGACGGGUCAAGAAAGUGAGACGUUCUCGAAAGAAGUCUGGACAAGAGGUAGUGGAAGAAGUCACGGAGAAGGAGGAAGAGCUGAAGCCUCGUCUUCCCCAAAAGCCGGAAGAGGAGGAAAAGAAACCGUUCCCCACGGUCCCGGAGGCUGAGCCCCUUCCAGAAAAGCCACUGGCCUUUGUCCUCGGCGAGAAACCCAAAGUGACAGAAGGCGAAGUGCGCCACCAGAGAACGGUCACAAAAUCGAGAAAGCCCACUGGAGACGUUGUAGAGGUCACUUUGGACACUGUGGAACGAAAACCCACACCUCAGGAGCAAACGGAGGGCGUUGUCGAAGUCACCGAGGUCACGGAGGAGACGGUCGAACAUGCGCCGCGCAAAAAAGGCGUCUUGGACAGGCCAAAGAAGACCAUCAAGAAGACCAAGAAGACCCGCUCGGAGACGGGAGAAAUUGUCGAGGACGUUAGCGAGAAAGUCCUUCACCUGAAACCGAGAAAAGAUAGGCGCGAAAGCGUUGAGGUCAAUGUUGAUGUAGAGUUCCUUGAUAUAACCUGACCGCGAGAUCACUGUAAAGUCGUUGGAAAGGCAGAUAGCUGAA